AGUUCAUUUACGCGCAUCUUUUGGUGUUCUCAUAAAAGAACAAAACCAACAAAGCCGCCGCAGAGUCUUGAAGCCCACUGAGUACCUCAAACGAGGAUUCAUGUACUUUUGGUCUGACAGGCUCGGCUUGGCUACCUGCUGUGCUGGUGCAACUUUGAAGAAUUGGAUACUACCUUAGUACUUGAUUCGUUCCUACGCCACCACCAACAGCCAGUCGCUUAUUUAUCAUUACGACUGUUAUUUGCAGCGUGUGGCUAUUUACUAACUAACUAAGCUACUUACUUACUUACGCCUGCGACCUCUAUCAACGUCUGGAGUUCAGAAAAAAACAGAAAGGAGAUAAAAUACUAUAAACCCUAAGCGCGAAUAUAGGGUUUCAAAACAGUGAACGAUCAGCUACUCGCACAAGUCCUACCUAGGCACCUACCUACCUGGCUUCCUACAUCCCCCACCAUGACCAGCCUCCCCCUCAAACCCCUCAAACCCUCCUCCUCUACCACCGCCACCUCAUCGCCGCCCGCCUCCGAAUACGACGAGUGCCUCUCGCCCACCGGAGAACAAGACCCGUUCCUUGCGCCCUCCGAACGACAACACAACAACCACAACCCCAACGAAGGCGAUGAAAUAGAUAUCGAGCGCCAACAACAACAGCAACAACAACAACCACCAGCCUACGAACCACCUACCUCCACCACAACAACACCAACACCAACACAAGAAGAAGGGGCAGGGGGAGCAAAGCUAACGCUGCUCGGCAAGACGGUCGCGGCGGUGAUCUUCUGCCUGGGCGCGGCGGUCGCGCUGACGGCUUUCCUGGCGUUUUUGAAAUUGGUGGUGUGGGUGUGGCGGAAGAUGGGGCUGAUUUGAAUUUUUUUCAGAAUUUUUUUUUGA